AUGGCGUCGGGCAAGUUGAAUAUUCUCAUCACCGGAGGCUCAGGAUAUAUUGGUGGAGCCGUCUUGAAUGCUCUCUUGUCGUCGGAAUACGAUGCUCUGAAAGUUUCUACGAUCACCUGUCUGGUCCGAGGAACUGAGAAAGCCAAGUCUCUGGAAAAAUUGGGCGUGAAGACUUUGCAGUUCCAGAGCUUGGAUGAAACCGAAGUUCUCGCGAAAGCCGCAAGCGAAAAUGAUGUUGCCGUGACAGUUGUCAUACAUGCUGCAUCUGGUUUCCAUACUCUAUCUGCACGAGCCCUUAUCUUGGGACUGGCACAGCGAAAGCAAUAUACCGGCAGAGAGGUGUUUUACUUUCACACCUCCGGGACUUCUAAUGUGGCUGACCGCCCUAUGACUGAAGAGUACAUCGAGAAAGGAUAUCCUUUGUCAGAUCAGAGCGAUAUUUUCUCGUAUUUGAAGAAGAGAGAUUUUGGUGUCCCGUACGCUCAGCGUACAUCUGAUAUCGUCGUCACCGAGAUUGGACUUGAGGUUGGGGUGAAGACUGUGGUGUUGAUGAUGCCUUCCAUCUAUGGAAUUGACUCUAAUCCCUUACACGAGUUCUGCCAUACCCCUAUAUUGAUUCGAAUGGCUCUAAAGCUAGGAAGAGUGCCUGUGGUAGGUGACGGAUCAGGGAUAUGGGAUCAUAUCCACAUCCAAGAUGUGGCGCGGUGUUAUGAGUUUAUUUUGAACAAGGCACUUGUUGGUGAAAAUGUUCCCACCGGCAAAGAAGGAAUCUUCUUUGUUGAAUCCGGCGAGCACACUUGGCGGCAGCUUUCUCAGAUCAUUGCUGACGCUGGUGUCGCGCUCAAUGCCUUGAAAUCUGCCGACCUUCGGCAUCUGUCCUUGGAAGAAUCUGCCAAGUUUCUUGGAGGUGGUUGGGGUCUCAUUGCGGAAAUCGGUUCUCGCACAAGAGCCCACAAGGCAAGAUCACUGGGCUGGAAGCCACUGAAAACUGAAGCUGAUUUCGAAUCCCAUGCUGUCGCCGACUGGAGGGCUAUUCUUGCUUCGAAUGAAGCAUCUCAUGAAUCUUUAGAUGUUUAA